GGACGGGGCGGGGCCUCCCUGCGGGCCUGCGCACUGCGGCUAGCGCGCCUGCGCAGUGCGCCCAAAUCGGCAGGGCCCGGGUCACCCUGAGCAGGGAAGGUGCCGCCAUGCUGACCAGGUUCCUGGGCCCGCGCUACCGCCAGCUGGCCAGAAACUGGGUCCCCACAGCAAGCAUAUGGGGCGCCGUAGGUGCCGUGGGGCUGGUAUGGGCCACUGACUGGCGGCUGAUUCUGGACUGGGUGCCCUACAUCAACGGCAAGUUCAAGAAGGAUGACUAAACUCACGACCUCAGGCCCCUCUGGUGUCUGCUGUACUGCCUCCUGCCAUCUGCAUCUGGAACUGCCCAGGCUCUCUGGAUGGACUCUAGGUAGUCCCUGGCACGAGUUCAUUUCCUCUUUUGGUGGAAAUAGCUUUCGUGUGUGGACACACACGGCAUUAAACCUCACUCUGAAACCUG